AUGUUGGGUGGACGCUCCCCACAAACCAAGAUUAACAUUGAGGAGGAAACUGAGAGUCUACUGGAAAAGGCCUUUGAGAAGGAAAGAGAAAGAGGAACACCUUUGGGACGGAGAGAUACAUGGUGGAGUCUCUCACUUAGACCAACACCUACGCCAGGUACUUAUGUAGUACGGGAUUUUAUUGAAGAAGCCCAGCUCAACCCAGUGAAAGCGACAUAUAAUUUUAAAGGAGAAGGCAGAAAGAGAUUUUCCAUCUUCCAACCAACAGCUGAUCUUACGCUACCAGAUGUUUAUACAUACACUCCUCCUAGCUUUGUAGAUUUGGCAGGAAAAAAGCCAGCUACAUAUUCAUUUAAAAGCACACCAAGGAAAAGUCCCAGCGCCUUAUGUUUUAAAGAUAAGGAUAUUGACACUGCACCAGGGCAGUAUGAUCUUUUCCCUCUUCCAGUGCCUACAUUUGCAUCCAAGCAGUUUAUGUUUCGUUCUGCAGUUCAAAGAUUCCCAACAACUUACUUCACUCCUAAAGAAGGGCCAGGGCCAGGUGAAUAUGAAAUGAAGGAAAAACCACCUCAUCCUGUAUCUUCAUGUUUCCAGUCCAAAGUGCCUAGGUUGCAGCCAGUCCGUUCAAAAAUACCAGGUCCAGGAGCUUAUGAGCCCACAAGGCAGUUUCCAAAGCAACCACGAACUAUUGCGAGCUUGGGUCACGAGCACAGCAUCUUCUUUAGCAACACAUUUGGGUUUUAG